AUGGACCCGUCAGAGGAGGACCCACUAGAGUGGGACCAAAGAUUGCGCCGAAAGAAGGAAAAGCAGUUCCUGGAUCCAAUAGACGAAGCUCAAAGCGUUCUCGCAGGCUUUUGUGGUAUUUUAGCAACUGACUGUUCCAUAUUUCCAAUUAGCUUUGAUAAAUGGCCGGAUAUGCCUCAAUCAUAUUUCAACGACUGCUUUGAUAACAUUAUAAAGCCCCACUUUCAUUUUAGGACAACUGAGGAUGUUGCACGGUUAUAUGUUUAUCGCUCUAUUGAAAAGAAAUGGGCUGGAAAUAGGCAGGCCUUGUGGAAUGAGUUCAAAGACCCACUUAAGACCAAAGAUGAGAUCAAGAAUAAUGUUCCAGAAGGUAUAGCUCGGGAUCAGUGGGCUUCUUUUGUGAACUACCGUUUGAGAGACGAUACUCAGAAAAUGUGUAAAACAAAUGCCGAAAAUCGAAAAAAGCAAACAGUUCCACACACCGGUGGCUCAAAGCCGAACUCUAGAAGAAGGGCUGAAAUGUUUGCUGAGACGGGGAGAAGGCCUGGACGAGCACAACUCUAUCUUGCUACACACAAGAAACAAGAUGGAUCAUAUGUAAAUGAGGAGGCAAAAGAAAUAUCUGAAACAAUUCAGCUAGCAGUGAGUCAAAGUACUGUGGAUGAGUCUGAAAUUUCUCCCAAUGAUGUUGUAGGUAAGGUGCUAGGAAAAGAGCAUUGUGGGAGGGUAAGAUGUUUGGGAUUAUGAGCUACUCCAAGCACUCAUUUUAAACAAAUAAAACCUUGUAUUGGUGGUAUUCGAAUUACAAGAAAUGAUGCUGGAUGUUCUUCUUUCGGAUGCCAAGACAGGUACGAUAAAUUGUUCAAUACUCUCAAAGCCUACAUGAUAAUGAAGGAAGGGUCAAUACCGGAACAGUUUGCUGGGAUCUUUGGUUCUCCUCCUAUAACGGUAAAACAAUUUGCUCAUUUUCAUUUUCUGCU